AUGUCCAAAAUUGAGCGUCUGAAUGCUCGAGUGGAAAAACUGCUGUUUAAAGCAGUGCAGGAGGUUCUGGAGGUGGUGAAGGAGACGGUGUCAGAGUACCAGGAGAAAACUGCCCGAACCCAGAGGGAGAACCAGAGUCUGAAGAGGAGACUGCAGGAGCUCCAGGAGAAGUUACAAUUGGAGAGCAAUGGAAUUGUGCCUCAGAUUUGCCCUCCAUCCCAGCCGGCCAAGGUGGACCUACAUCCCAUGAAGCAGAAACAGAAAGAGGAGCUGGAAGAGGACAUUGAACUCAUCCCGUCUGAUAAGGACAUUUCAGUAAUCUGUCCCUCAAAUCCAUAUGAAGACCUGGACUGUGAGGCAUCCAUCCUACCAUUAGCCCCCUCCUGUCUUUCCCCUAAAUGUACAACAAGACUACUAGUGGAUGAGGAUUAUUUACACGACUCAAAAACUCUCAAAACCGAGGCUGACAACAGACUGUCAACACCAAUUUCAAACCAAGAAAACCCCAUAAUUGAACUUACAAUCACUGAAAGUGAUAAUAAAAUGAAAGAAGAGCCUACAUCAGAUGAAGACGCUGUGCACACCACAAGUUAUUUUUAUGAUGACGCUCGUAGAGGCAUUACAUCCUUCAGCAGGCUAAACCUAGAACCCCCUGAAGCCAAUACAGGACCACACCCCACUGAGUCAGGAGAUGUUUUCAGUCUGGACCAAAAUGGCACAGAAGAGCUUCUGUCUCAAAGAUACAACAGUGCUGGAGCAGUAGAACAACACGCCACUCAAACAAACACAAAAGUGUGUGGUUCAGGCUCGAAAGCAUUCGAGAGAAACACCAGAAAACACUACUGCUGCUCUCUGUGCGGUCGCACCUUCAGGCACGCAGGCGACUACAAGAAACACAACAGAGUCCACACGGGGGAGAAGCCGUACUGCUGCUCCGUGUGCGGAAAGCGCUUCAGCCAGUCGGGCUACCUGACUGUGCAUCUGCGCUACCACACAGGAGAGAAGCCGUUCGGCUGCAGUCAUUGUGGCAAAAGUUUUAGUCACUCAAGUAACAUGAAGAAACACCAGCAGACUCAUCUGUGA